UCAAGCACAUUCAACUAGGAUAGAGGUGCUACAAGCUGUGUGGUUUUGUUGUGAGACAUACAGAGGGCGGCAUCACAAGAGAGAUAACCAUCGAGAUGGCAACUCACACAGUGUUAAAACUUAUCUGCAUUUUUUUAUUGACUCGUCUUUCUACUAGCAACAUACCAGCUAAUUCCAUCGACCAAACAGACCAGUAUCACCAUACUCACCACUCGCAUGAUAAGUGCCCUGGUCACCUGAUUACGUAUAGAGACACUUGCUUCUUGGUGCCUAUAGAACUCUACGUCCGCUGGCAUUACGCGGUGAAAUAUUGCAAGACACACAAGAUGGCGCUGUGGGAGUUCCAGGGAUCGAUAGAAGAGCUAAAGUUUUUGAUAACAGUUUUUGGGAAAAUAAAGUUUUGGGUCGGAUUUUACAGAACACACACGGGUGAGGUAAUGCCACUGAGCCAUCAUAGCGGGAACCUCACGUUGACCACGGCAGACAUCAACGAAACUAACAUUAGGCAAUGUCUUACCUUUAAAAAUGUCCCAGGCUAUUUUGACGAUAGAGACUGUGAUGAAAAAAAUACCUUUGCCUGCUCUGUAAAGCUUAAGGACAUAUUACACACGAGAAAACCUAAGGAACAGAACCAUCCAUCUGAUAACUCGCUUCCAGUUACUAUACUUCUAAGUAUUGUAAUAGCUGUAAUGGCUGCUUUAGCAUUGAUGGCAGCGAUUUACUACAGACGUUCAAUCAACCUUAGGUUCAGGAAAGCUAUUUUUAGGCACUCUGUGUUUUCAGACCUGCAAGAGCAGUAGUAUUAUAUAUAUAUAUAUAUAUAUAUAUAUAUAUAUAUAUAUAUAUAUAUAUAUAUAUAUAUAUAUAUAUAUAUAUAUAUAUAUAUAUAUAUAUAUAACAUAUACUUGCUAUAACUGUAAACAUUUUAUUUACUUUAAUUGAUUUAUUUUUAAUUUUACUUAAUUCUUAUUUGUGUUUUGACCAGCUUCUAUUAUUAACAUGAUAAUAUGUUCAAAGUUAAAUCAAAACAACUGCUAAUAUUUUUGUAACUCAACUCUUGAUAAUUUUACCGGUUUAAAAAAUAGUACCAAUAAAAUAAGUAGCUCAGUUCUUAAAGGUAUGAAAUA